CUGCAUUUUUGCGCUCGUUACAAAUACACAUCACACGCGCUGAAUCAAAGGAUGGUUGUCGAGAUCGGGCCGUCAAACAUAGAAUCGCAGUUUGCGCUCGACGCACUGCGGCAGGGGAUCCGGGUCGACGGACGCGGGAUCUACGACUACCGCACACUUAAAAUCGCCUGCGGGCCGACUCCCGGACUCGUCGAGGUGCAGCUGGGGGAGACGCGGGUUCUGGCACGUGUUUCCUGCGAGGUGUCGCGGCCGUUCCCGGAUCGUCCCACCGAAGGAAUCGUGCAGUUCAAUGCCGAGCUCUCCUCCAUGGCAGCCCCCGGCUUUGACUCUGGCAGGCCGUCUACGCAGGAAGUCGCGGUGGCACGCAUGAUCGAGCGCACUGUGAAGCAGAGCCGGGCGAUCGAUGCCGAGGCGCUAUGCAUUUUGGCUGGCGACAAGGUGUGGGCCGUGCGUGUUGACCUGCAUUUCCUGUCGCACAGCGGCAACCUUAUCGACGCAGCGUCGAUUGCGGCUAUCACGGCGCUGAAGCAUUUCAAGCGGCCCGACGUGACGGUUGACGGCGAGGAGGCGAUCAUCCACGACCCGCGCGACCGCAAUCCGGUACCGCUUAGCAUCCACCACACACCAAUCUGCGUGACAUUUGGAUUCCUGGGCGACGGCGAGCUGAUGGUCGUUGAUCCGAGCCUGCUGGAGGAGCAGGUGCAGGUGUCCAGCUUCACCAUCACGCUCAAUGCCCACCGCGAGAUAUGCGCGCUGAGCAAGGCAGGCGGUGUGCCACUGGACCAGGAGCAGAUUGACAGAUGCACGCAGCUGGCGCUGACAAAGGUCGAGGAGCUCAACGAGAAGAUCAGCGAGGCUAUCAAGAGCGCCGUCCCCGACACAAACUAGCCCGCCUUCUGGCCACAGCAAACGACAGGUGGCUGUCGCGCAAGCACCUCGCUAUUCCUAGAAAAACUCUGAAUAUAUUUUUGUUGAAACUGG